GUUUGUUUCGACCAACUCGAAACUCUAUCAAGCUCUUCCGCCAUGACUAGCCACGAGAAGGAGAUCCAGCAGAGCAUGGCUCCUCAUACUGAGCGGCAUGAUGUCGCUCACGAGGAAAAGGGUGUGCCAACCAACAGUAUUUCUGCAAAGAUCCAGAACCCUCUCAUUCACAUGAGCGAGGAGGAAAUGCUUCGAGACGUCGACACAUUCGCCAAGGAGAACAACUUCGCGGACAUCCAUCCUCUUCUUCGCAGGGGUGCCCUGGUUGCUCGUGACCCUCCGAACUUCACCACAGUCUCAGGUAUCACAGAGGCAGAGAAGGAUUCCAUCUCCAACGAAGUCCUGCACAAAUGGCGUCAACCAAAAAUCCUCUACAUCACAAUUAUUCUGUGUUCCGUCGGAGCGGCUGUGCAAGGUUGGGAUCAAACUGGAAGUAACGGCGCCAACUUGAGCUUCCCAGACGCACUUGGUAUUCCUGUGAAAGCGGAACUGAGCCCUGGUGUGCCCAACCCUAACGCGGAGACGAACCAAUGGUUGCAAGGUCUUAUCAAUGCCGGACCCUACAUUGCUUCUGCAUUCUUUGGCUGCUGGUGCUCUGAUCCUUUGAACAACUUCUUCGGUCGCCGUGGCUGCAUUUUCAUCUCGGCUGUCUUCUGCGCUUUGUCACCUAUCGGUUCUGCCGUUUCUCAAACAUGGGAACAACUCUUUGUUACUAGACUCCUCCUCGGUAUCGGUAUGGGUUGCAAGGGUGCCACGAUUCCUAUAUUUGCGGCAGAAAAUGCUCCUGCCUCGAUUCGAGGAGCCUUGGUGAUGACCUGGCAACUAUGGACCGCGUUCGGCAUUUUCCUCGGCACUGUUGCCAAUUUGGUUGUCAAAGACACUGGCGCCAUUUCAUGGCGCCUGCAAUUUGGAUCAGCUCUGCUGCCUGCGCUCCCUCUUCUUGUCGGUGUAUUCUUUUGUCCAGAGUCCCCACGUUGGUACAUCAAGAAAGGCCGAUACAACGAGGCAUAUGCAUCGCUGAAGCGUCUGCGGAAUAACGAGAUUCAGGCUGCUCGUGAUCUAUACUACAUUCAUGCGCAGCUUCGUGCAGAGAGCAGCUUGACCCCAAUGAAAACCAACUUCUUCACACGCUUCACGCAACUGUUCACCGUCCCCCGACUUCGAAGAGCUACAGUUGCGUCUGGUACUGUUAUGCUUGCACAGCAGAUGUGCGGAAUCAAUAUUAUCGCGUUCUACUCUUCGACCGUUUUUGAGCAGGCCGGUGCCAGUGUCACAGAAGCCCUUCUUGCCUCCAUGGGCUUUGGUGCGGUGAACUUUGUUUUUGCCUGGCCAGCUAUCUGGACAAUCGAUACCUUCGGUCGCCGCACGCUGCUGCUAUUCACUUUCCCGCAGAUGUGUUGGAGUCUACUCGCUGCAGGUCUCUGCUACUUGAUUCCUUCUAACAGCUCUGCGCAUCUGGGUCUCGUAGCGCUCUUCGUCUACAUUUUUGGAGCAUGGUACUCCCCUGGCGAAGGCCCCGUCCCCUUCACGUACUCCGCCGAAGUCUUCCCACUUUCGCAUCGCGAAGUUGGCAUGAGUUGGGCCGUCGCCACCUGCCUCUUCUGGGCCGCCGUUCUCUCCAUCACCUUCCCACGUAUGCUGGCAGCCAUGACGACAACAGGUGCCUUCUGCUUCUACGCCGGAUUGAAUCUCGUCGCCCUUGUUUUGAUCUUCCUUUUCGUGCCAGAAACGAAGCAGCGUACCCUCGAAGAGCUUGACUACAUCUUCGCAAUCCCGCAGCGACGAUUCAUGAGCCAUCAGUGCUUCACUGUUCUGCCGUGGUGGUUCAAGACGUGGAUUUUGAGGAAGAAGAUCGGGCCGUGCCCAAGUCUGUGGAGCUUUGAGGGCGGCGAUGAUGGUGACAAGGCUCUGCACAAUGCUGUGCGCAAGGCAAGCAUCGAUGCAACAGGGGGGAAUGCGCCCAGGAAGUUAAGCAUUACGGAGAAAGCAAGGAAGGCAUUCUAGGCAGAAAUGCUUAGUUUGUAGUUGAUGAAGACUGCUGGUGAUAUGGUAUGAGAAUAUUCUCACAUCAUCGCUCUCAAGAUGCAUUCGUUAUCGAAAGCUAAUCAUAAUUAACAAAUCUUAUUGCUCCACUCUCUGGAC